AGGCCUGUUUUCCCAAACUGGUAAUUCAGGCCUUUCAGCCCUUUGCAGAACUUUGGCCCUUUGGAGGCAGGGCGGUCAGCCCAGGGAGGUCUAGCCCCCAGCUCUAUUUCUAAGUGGCUUCACUGGCUCCAUAUCUGCCCUGAUCAGAUGGAAGAAGAGCCCAGGGCUAUUUUCUGCAAGAAGAGUCAAGGCACUGUGUGUGCUAAAGCCCCGCCUGCCCUUGGGGCUGCCCACUCUCUCCUGUAAUUCCCCCAGGGCGGGGGGAGAGAGACCUAUUUAAGCAGGGCCCGGACUACAUCUCCCAGCGUGCCUGGCAGAGUGGUGGCCUCUGUGCGUCGGCUGUACCAGUUGUAGGCAAACAUGCAGCAGGCUAGGAGCAUGGUGUCCCGUCUGGGCUCGCGUCUGCAAGCUCUGCCCUCGGCCCCAUGCCGUUCGCUCAGUUGUGCGCAGGACGUGCUCCACAGGACACCGCUCUAUGACUUCCACCUGGCCCACGGCGGGAAGAUGGUGGCGUUCGCGGGCUGGAGCCUGCCCAUGCAGUACCGGGAUAGCCACGUGAAUUCACACCUGCAUACACGGCAGCACUGCUCGCUCUUUGACGUGUCCCACAUGCUGCAGACCAAGAUACUUGGCUGUGACCGCGUGAAGCUGAUGGAGAGUCUAGUGGUUGGAGAUAUUGCAGAGCUGAAGCCAAACCAGGGAACACUGUCGCUGUUUACCAACGAGGCUGGAGGCAUCUUAGAUGACUUGAUUGUGACCAGUGCCUCCGAGGGACACCUGUAUGUGGUGUCCAAUGCUGGCUGCAGGGAGAAGGACCUGACCCUCAUGCAGGACAAGGUUAGGGAGCUUCAGAACAAGGGCAGUGAUGUGGCCCUGGAGGUGAUGGAUAAUGCUCUGCUAGCCCUGCAAGGUCCCACUGCAGCCCAGGUGCUACAGGCUGGCGUGGCUGAUGAUCUGCACAAACUGCCCUUCAUGACCAGCGCUGUGAUGGAGGUGUUUGGCGUGUCUGGCUGCCGUGUGACCCGCUGUGGCUACACAGGAGAGGACGGUGUGGAGAUCUCGGUGCCGGCAGCGGAGGCCGUCUACCUGGCAGCAGCUCUGUUGAAAAACCCCGAGGUGAAGCUGGCAGGACUGGCAGCCCGGGACAGCCUGCGCCUGGAGGCAGGCCUCUGCUUGUAUGGGAACGACAUUGACGAGCACACCACACCGGUGGAAGGCAGCCUGAGCUGGACACUUGGGAAGCGCCGCCGAGCUGCUAUGGACUUCCCAGGAGCCUCAGUCAUUGUUCCCCAGCUGAAGAGCAAGGCACAGCGGAGGCGUGUGGGGUUAAUGUGUGACGGGGCUCCCGUACGGGCACAGAGUCCCAUCCUGAGUCCAGAGGGUACUGUGAUCGGUGCUGUGACCAGUGGCUGCCCCUCACCCUGCCUGAAAAAGAAUGUGGCAAUGGGUUAUGUACCCUACGAGUACAGUCGGCCAGGCACUCCGCUGCUGGUAGAGGUGCGGCGGAAGCAGCAGCCGGCCGUGGUCAGCAAGAUGCCCUUUGUGCCUACAAACUACUACAUCCUUAAGUGAGGAUGACUGGGGGAUGGGGCCCUUCCCUCCAGGAGCCUCACACUGGAGGGCAUUCUACCAGGGGUUAGUCAGGAAGCUAAGGCAAAAACACACCCAAGGUGGGUGGCUAGGUGGAUGCUGGUUCUUGUCUGGGUGAGUGGGGACACACCACCUGUUGCUGCCUCAUCCCCUUGCCACUAUAUCUUCAAGAACGCAUUUCUGAGUGAUGGACCAGCCCACGUGCCAUUGACCCCUCUCUUGCCUGCUGGAGAAGAUUGAUUCUGGUAUCUCAUCCUUCCAAAAGGCUCACUUCAAGUGGGGAGAAAGCCUGCCCAACCUACCUCACCACGGUUUCUCACACUGCAGUGCCGGCUACCUCCUCUAGUUCACUGGCCAUGAAGGCAAGCCAUUGGCUUUCUCCGGGGCAGGGGUGUGAUUCCUGACUUAUAGAGGGUUGGCCCAGGAGGGCUGCAGGGCCCAUGUGUAAACUCGGGGAUGGCUGAGGCGGGCAUGGAUCCACUCUUUCACAUUCUCCAGUUGGCCCAGUCUGCUGCCCAGUAGCCAGCCACGCCAGGCUAGGCUGACCAGCUGUUCUGAGCCCCAGGGCUGCUGUGGACAGGCCGGGCCUCCUCCCCGGCUUGCCUUAUCCUGAGCUGACCUUCACCCCUGGGACUUAUUAUUGGACUCCACAGACUACUAAAAAAUAAAUAAACAAAUGAGCUUCCUUCUUGUUC